AUACAUAUGCAAACCUACUGCUGAAUAUUCUGAGUCGGACGUUUAGGUGAGCUGUGAUUAUCGACCAAACCGUAUCGACUGAUUAAAGUUUUGUACUUUGGCGACCACCCAGACAAAGCGAUGGGCGGGAGGAUAGUCGGGGACACUGCCCAGGUCCCCUUCUUUGUUAUGAACAAAUGAGCGUUCGUCAUCCUUGCUAGAUACACUAAAUGGACCAGAAAACAAAGGAUUUUUUUGAUGGUGACUUGGGAGUUGGUUGCUUAUUCUACUGUAGAGGGAAAUCCCAGAGCCCUUUUAGGUGUCCAGAAAUGGUGAACUCAUGGUGAAGGAUUGUGUUGCUGAUGGUGUAAAAUGAUCCCUUACUUCCAUUUGCCCAUAUACUGCAGGAGAGGUAGACUGAGGCUGAAGUGCUGAUAUAUUUGUGGUACUAUAGAAACCAGAUGCAUACUGUAUCCUGUAUCCUGAAGAGACAACUUGAAAAAAAAUGCUGCCCCAGAAAAGUGUUGGUCCUUCACUGGCCUGUGGCAAAAAAAAUUGUGGAAAGAUAUACACCAGUGGUGGCUUUGUGGGCAGCUCUAGUGUCCGAGGCACCCGGUCAAAAGCAGAGCUCCAAGAGCUGAUGGACAGUUUGCAGCGAAGGAAGGCAGCUGUGGAAGCCAGCAUACGGGCUAAUGCAGAGCGCCACCCCUACCUCAGCCUGUCCCCUCCUCCUAGUCCUCAUUCCACCAAAUCACUCCUUCAAGAGCAGCAAUCCCACUCAGUUCGAAUGCCGUCCUCCUACAGCCAUAUUAUACCUCGUUCUCUUGGUCAUUCAGAUUGCCCAACAAGCCCAGUCCACACCAAUAGUCGCACUCGCCAGCAAUCUCAGGACAACCUUCCACUUUUUCAAUUGUGUGACAUCCGCCGACCCAACACAGCCAGCUCCACCCUCUCCAUGUGGAAUGGUAGCUCUUACACGUCAGAUGCUUUUAAUGUAUACCAUCGUGGCCCUAGUGGAGCUGCAAGCAUGCCCUCCAGUCCUAGGCUGGGCAGAAAACUUCUAGCACGAGAUGGAGAUCCCAUUAAUUAUCCUCCCCCUCGCCAAAGGAAAUAUUCCACUGGUUCUCUGAAUGGGUUAGGAGUACAAAGUCGUUCCCUUCCCAGGCUAUAUAGAAGUGAUGCCCCUUCCCUCUCUCUGCCCCCUUGGCGCUCAUCCAGGGCAAGAUGCAGCCUCCCAUCUCUUGACCGCCCUCCAGAUGUCACUGUAACAUCCUUGCGCAAUGAUCAUGGCUUUGAGAGGAUGUUUUUGUUUGGCAGUGGAGGAGUAGGUCCAGGGAUGGGCCAAAGGAGAGGCAGCGUCAGUUCGCUAAGCAGCAAGACUGAGCUUCAAGAUUACCAUCAGAGACAGAAAGACGAGAGAUUACGAGAACAAGAAGUGGAGAGACUGGAGCGUCAGCGUCUGGAAACAAUACUGAGUUUAUGCUCUGAAUUUGGAAGCUCAGAAACAAGUUGCCCAGAACGCAGUGCUGGUGUCUGUGCCAUAUCCAACCUGCAGAGGAUCAAUCAUGAGCUGGAGAAGUUACAGGUUUUGGAUGAUGAAAGUGGGGUUUCUGACCUGCAUGUUGUUGCUGCUCCAGAGGAUGGCUUGGUAGUUAAGGGUAAAGGAGAGAGACAGCUACAGACCACUAACAUCCUGCAAACUUCUACAUCAGAAGACUUGCAGAUUAAACAGGUUAUAACUCGGAUAGAGGAGGAGAGGAUUCAAGUCCUCAACAACAUUGAAGAGUUGGAGCAGAAGAUCAAGGAUCUAGACACACAGUUGAAUGAGUCUAUCAGUGAGAUGGAGGUGGAGAGGGCCCUUUUGGAAGGCGAGCAGAAUGAAGAGCUUGCUCUCCUGCAAGCAGAUAAGGAGUUGCUAGAGAAGCUAAAUGAAAAGAUGAGCAAAAUGGAGAAAACCACCAAUACUAAUAUAACCAACAAGGACAAGGCACUGUUGGAGACUGAGAGAAUUAAAGUAGAGAAGCUAGCAGAGUUGGUCUUGGAGCAGAAGAGCCAGCUGGACUCAUGUCCUGAAGCACUGAAGGAACAGCUUAAGAUUCAGCUCGCCAGGGACACAGAGAUGUUGGAGACAGAGAUGAAGCACUUUGAGGAUCUUGAGUUUCAUCAGCUAGAGAAGGAGAGCUGUCAGGCUGAGGAGAAAGAGUCACAGAACAAGCAACUCCUAAAAGAGAUUGCUGAGUACCAGCACAGCUUAGUCACACGCAAGGAGAGUCUCUUGGCUUUGAAGAAACAAUCCACUCAGAUUACCCAGCAGGCUCAGCAGGAAAAGGAGAACUUCCUGAAAGAGAAGAGCAAUCUUCAUCUCAUGUUACAAAGGGAGCGAGAGAAUUUUGCUUCCCUGGAGAGGAAAUAUGCAGAACUAACAAGUCACCAGACCUUCUCUCUGAUUCCUGUGUCUAUGAAAGAGGUAAGAAGGAGGAGUAACAGCAAUAAGGAAGGAUGGCCUAUGCUGAAUGACAGCAGUAUGCCCCCUAAAAGAGAAAGACACAGUUCUGGAAGCUUUGGUACUUCCACAUUUGACCACAACCAAUACUCUAAGUCCCAUCUGCCCCUGUCUCAGAGUUCCAGCUGUGGUAGUAUGCCCCCUUGUGCUCUCUCUCUCACCCCAAGAAACCUCGACACUCGCAGUCCUCUCAGGGCUGGUCACCUAUAUUUGAAUGACAGCAGAUGGAGGCAGAGUGAAAUAAACAGUAGGACCAUGUCUGAGUCAAACUUCUGUUUGAGCACUUUUCACCACAUGGACAACAGUGCCAAUUUUGAUACAAUCAGUAUGGAGAGUUCAGACAGCCUGGAGACAAGCAUCUCGGCCUGCUCUCCCGACAAUAUCUCCAGCAGUGCCAGCAUAUUUAAUGUGGUUAAGAUAGAGGAGAUGGAGUGUCUGCUCAGAGAGGAGCAGGCAGAGAAGAACAGACUCCUGAAGCACAGGGAGACAGAAAUAGAGCAACGCCGACAGGCUCUAGAGGAGGAGAAAAGGAGGCGAGAGGAGCUGGAAAGGCAACUUAAGGAGGAGACAAACAUAAGGCAGAAACUUAUAGAAAGGGAGAUAAAGCUCCGGGAGAAGCAAAAAACACAGUCUCGUCCAUUGACACGUUACCUGCCAGUUAGGAGGGAUGACUUUGACCUACGGAGUCACAUUGAGGCAGCAGGUCAUCAUCCAGACAGCUGUUUUCACCUUGCUAUCACUAACAAGACAUGCAGAGGCUUUCUAGUUAAGAUGGGGGGGAAAAUCAAAACUUGGAAAAAACGCUGGUUUGUUUUUGACCGAAAUCGCCGGACCCUGGCAUACUAUGCAGAUAAACAUGAAGUAAAAACAAAGGGUGUCAUCUAUUUCCAAGCUAUUGAGGAAGUGUAUUAUGAUCACCUGAAGAAUGCACAUAAGAGUCCAAACCCUUCACUGACAUUCAGUGUAAAGACACAUGAUCGCGUGUACUUCAUGGUAGCUCCUUCUCCAGAGGCUAUGAGGAUCUGGAUGGAUGUGAUUGUUACGGGAGCAGAAGGUUACUCACACUUUCUAGUUUGAGUACAGCUUUCUGCAGUGACCCACCAUGGUUUGGUUCAGCCUUCGAAAAAGGAUCCUAGUAAUUUCUGCUUUUUAAGAAAGGAAGUCUUUUUCUAGCUCACAUUUAUGCAAGAUAUUAUAUUCAUUAUAAUAGGUUGUUGUGAGAAUCACAUGGUAUAAAAAUACUGGAGCUUUCUUUCAGUACAGGUUUUCUGUUCAGCAGCUAUGGAAGGAUGUUAAUGGUUGUCAUAGCCCAAUGUAUACUGUUCCAUUUUUGAGUUUUUGUUCCAGAUAGCCACUCUCCUUCCUCCUGCAUGGCAACCAUAUUUUGCCUUUGCUCUCAUUUAUUCCAUUAUAGGUGCAUACUAAACAAGGAAAAUGCUACAUUAUUCUGUUUUAACUACUAACCUUCAAACAUAUUUUUUUUUUUUUUUUUUUUUUUUUUUUUUUAAAGUGGCUUGAUUUUCCAAUAUAGGUAGGCAGUUUUGCCCAUAUAUUUUGGAACUUUAAAAAUGUACAUUUAUUCAAAGCUUUUUCUAAUAUUUAGGGUUUUUAUUUUCAUUUUCCAGCAAGGUCAGUCAAUACAUAAUUUAAAUUUGGUUCUUUUUUAUUGCUGACGGUAAACCAGAAUCGGGAUGUAGAUCAAAGUCAGGAUAUAAAUAUAUAUAUAUAUAUAUAUAACCAAAGACAUGCUUUCUUUUAAUAUCUGUAUUAUGUGAAUGCAUACAUGGCUCUCAGUAGAUUUUAAUAUCCUGUUAUUUUUUGUCAUUUGUUUAUUAAGUAGCCUUUUCUGUUUUCCCUUUCAUUGUUUCAAGAAAAAGCUCAAAAGGCAGUUCAGCAGAAAAUUUUAUGAGCCUGUUGUAUCAUUGUUGAAGCUAAUAUUUUAGCAGUAGCAGUCAUAGUAAAAGCAUAGUAAAAGCUUGUUUCAGCACUACAGGUGAAAUAUAUUGAAAUAUUUCUCUUUCUUUAAAAAAAUUAGUUACCAUUGUAACUAAUUAAAUUGUUAUAAGGCUUAAGGUAAUGUGCCAGACAAAUAUAGCCCUGCUAUAAGGCUUAAGGUAAUGUGCCAGACAAAUAUAGCCCUGCUAUAAGGCUUAAGGUAAUGUGCCAAAACUUUCAUAACAUAUAACUAUUUUAUUGUCAUUUGAUGGCAUUUAAGGUCUUUUUAACAGGUACAAAAUGUAAAGUAUUAUGCUCAGUAUUAAACUGUACUUAUUAUUUUUA